UUCGUCCGUCCGACUUCCACCUUAGUCGCAGGAGUGGUUUGUGCCGGCUACCCUCUCGCUCGGCGCUUUCCACAGAGAACAGAUUACAAUGCGUGCGCUACUCUCUCGCUUCCACUUCCUACUGAAACCCUCCUCCCGCCCCCUUCUCCCCUCGACUCUCUUCUCCACCCCUAACUCCCCCUUCUUCGAUCGCUUCCGACCUUCCAUUUCAUGCCGUUGCCUCGCCGCCAUGGCCGGCACCGCGGAGGAUUUCGUCAAGGGUCGUAUCUUCCCCAACGGCGUCGCCGUGAUCACCCUCGAUCGGCCCAAAGCCCUCAACGCCAUGAAUCUCGAGAUGGACUUAAGAUACAAGGGUUUUCUGGAUGAGUGGGAAACUAACCCCAGGGUGAAAUGCAUCUUAGUUGAAAGCAGCACACCUCGUGCCUUUUCAGCAGGGAUGGAUAUUAAGGGUGUAGCAGCAGAAAUUCAAAAGGACAAAACUACACCACUUGUGCCAAAGGUCUUUUCUGCAGAAUAUUCUUUGAUAUGUAAAAUAUCUGAUUAUAAAAAGCCGUAUAUAUCCUUAAUGGAUGGUGUGACUAUGGGGUUUGGUAUCGGGUUGUCUGGUCAUGGUCGAUUUCGUAUCAUCACUGAGAGAACUCUCCUUGCCAUGCCAGAAAAUGGAAUUGGUUUAUUUCCAGAUGCUGGUUUCGCUUACAUUGUUGCCAACAGUCCAGGAGGAGGGGCAGUUGGUGCUUACCUUGGACUGACUGGGAAACGAAUAUCCUCUCCUGCUGAUGCACUGUAUGUAGGUCUUGGAACACAUUUUGUUCCAUCUGGAAGCUUGGCUGAACUCAAGGAAGCUCUGCUAAAGGUCAACUUCACUGAUGAGCCUGACAAAGACAUCCAUGCACUGUUAGCUGGGUACAAGAAGGAUCCUGCUUCGGAGGCUCAAAUGAAAACAUUUUUUCCUCAGAUUGCUCAAUGUUUCAGUGCAAAUAGAUCGGUCUCUGAGACAAUAGAAGGGCUGAAAAAGCAUCAAACAAGUGCUGACUCUACAGUGGCAGAAUGGGCAAGUGAGGCCCUUUCAGGACUUGGUAAAGGUGCUCCUUUUUCUCUUUGCAUAACUCAGAAGCAUUUCUCCGAAGUUGCAUUAGCACAUGGAAACAGUGAACAUCACUUAUCAAAACUAAUUGGAGUUAUGAAGGCUGAAUUUCGGAUUGCCUUGAGAUCCUCAAUCCGAGAUGACUUUGGUGAAGGUGUCCGAGCAGUCUUGGUCGACAAGGAUCAGAAUCCAAACUGGAGUCCUCGUACGUUGGAGGAUGUUAACAUGGAUGAAGUGGGAUCAGUUUUUGAGCCUUUACCUGCUGACAAUGAAUUAAAUGUAUAAUAACUUAUGACAUUUGAAGUCAUAAAUCAAUCAAGGGAACACAACAUUGUUUGCAGAUAUGCCUGUUUUUUCUUUAUUGCUGUGGUCACAGAAAACUAAAUAAAAUCAGUGUGUAAACUGAUGAGGCGGAUACAUUGUAUUACUAAUCUCGUAGUUUUAGUUUUGAGGCUUGUCUGAUGAUGAAGAGGGCACUUUCGUUGUAUUAGUGUUUUUUAAUUCUGUAAUUAAGUAUAUUAUACACCUUUGCCUAAAUUUAAUAGCUUCAAUAAGCUACUAUUCAA